ACUGCUGGGCAUCUCUCCCGGGGGCCUGUGGACUGUGCUGGCUUUGUGUUGAUACCCUAGAGAUGCAGCGGCUUUUGGCUCCAGCAAGGCGAGUCCUGCAGGUGAAGAGAGUGAUGCAGGAAGCUUUGCUCCCACCUGCUCACCUGUUCUCAGCAACCCACCAGAGGUUUUCUACAAUCCCUCCUACUCCCCUGGCCAAAACAGAUACUUGGCCAAAAGAUGUGGGCAUCCUGGCCCUGGAGGUCUACUUCCCAGCCCAAUAUGUGGACCAAACUGACCUGGAGAAGUUUAACAACGUAGAAGCAGGGAAGUAUACAGUGGGCUUGGGCCAGACCCGUAUGGGCUUUUGUUCGGUCCAGGAGGACAUCAACUCGCUGUGCCUGACAGUGGUGCAGAGGCUGAUGGAGCGCACAAAGCUGCCAUGGGAUGCUGUGGGCCGCCUGGAAGUGGGCACCGAGACCAUCAUUGACAAGUCCAAGGCUGUCAAAACAGUGCUCAUGGAACUCUUCCAGGACUCAGGCAACACUGACAUUGAAGGCAUAGACACCACCAACGCCUGCUAUGGUGGCACUGCCUCCCUCUUCAAUGCUGCCAACUGGAUGGAGUCCAGCUACUGGGAUGGUCGCUACGCCCUGGUGGUCUGUGGGGACAUUGCGGUCUACCCAAAUGGUAAUGCCCGGCCCACAGGUGGUGCCGGGGCUGUGGCAAUGCUGAUCGGGCCCAAGGCCCCACUAAUUCUGGAGCAAGGCCUGAGGGGAACCCACAUGGAGAACGCAUACGACUUCUACAAACCAAACUUGGCCUCAGAGUAUCCGCUGGUGGACGGGAAGCUCUCCAUCCAGUGCUACAUGCGGGCCUUGGAUCGAUGCUACGCAGCCUAUCGCAAGAAAAUCCAAAACCAGUGGAAGCAAGCUGGAAACAACCAGCCUUUCACCCUCGAUGAUGUUCAAUAUAUGAUCUUCCACACACCCUUCUGCAAGAUGGUCCAGAAAUCCCUGGCUCGGCUGAUGUUCAGUGACUUCCUGUCGUCAAGCAGUGACAAACAGAACGAUUUGUACAAGGGGCUGGAGGCUUUUAGGGGUCUAAAGCUGGAAGAAACCUACACCAACAAGGAUGUAGAUAAGGCUCUUUUGAAGGCCUCCCUGGACAUAUUCAACAAGAAGACCAAGGCCUCCCUUUACCUCUCCACGAACAAUGGGAACAUGUACACGUCAUCCCUCUAUGGGUGCCUGGCUUCACUGCUCUCCCAUCACUCUGCCCAAGAACUGGCUGGCUCCAGGAUUGGUGCCUUCUCCUACGGCUCAGGCUUAGCAGCCAGUUUCUUUUCUUUUCGAGUCUCCAAGGAUGCUUCUCCAGGUUCCCCUCUGGAGAAGCUGGUGUCUAGUGUGUCAGAUCUCCCCAAACGUCUAGACUCUCGGAGGCGCAUGUCCCCUGAGGAAUUCACAGAAAUAAUGAACCAAAGAGAGCAAUUCUACCACAAGGUGAACUUCUCUCCACCUGGCGACACAAGCAACCUCUUCCCAGGUACUUGGUACCUUGAAAGAGUAGAUGAGAUGCAUCGCAGAAAGUACGCCCGGCGUCCCAUCUAACAGAGAUCCACGCAGCAUUUCCCUCAGAAAGAGUGUGAGCAGAGCUGCCGCCUGCCCAAACAGCACCUGCUUAAAAUUCCACCCCUGGCAGUAAAGAAUGAAUGCACAGUAUCCCCAUAGGAUCUGCUCUGCUGUGAAGAAUCCCCCUCAGUGAAGGACCUCCCUCCAUGGCUCCUUCCUGAUUCCCCCUGAUGCAAUCACUGCCACAGGCUCAGGCUGCUGUGGACCAGAGCGCCCUUGUGAAGAGGGAGAUAGAAGAAAGAGAGAUGUCUGACCAGCAGGGAGACAGAUCAGCCAUCUUUCCCCACACCCAGACAGACCUACCAUUUGUUACAGCUUUAUUAUCAGACUUCAGGGCUGUUCUACUUUGUUUGUUUGUUAAACUUCCCUGAGAAUUUCUAAAUUUUGUAUUUUGUUCUAAAAUAGUAUAUGGCAAUUAAAAGGAGAGAAGAAAUGACUUGAAUUUCUAGAAGCCAAGACCUACUCAGAGGGCUGGGCACCCGCUUUAUCACCUCAGCUCUUCUAUGCAGUCUAGUUCACCAUGAUUCUGUACAUUUCUGCUAAGCACUGUGGCAGACACAAGGCGAAUAAAGACCGACACAGAGCACCCCCCCUUCUUCCUUCUCUGUCCCACUGAAUCCGUAUCUUGGCAGAGCCAGCAAGUGCUGAGUAAAUCAAACCCCCUCCCUUGGCAUAGGUGCCCAGUGCUUCGCAGCCCAAACCCACAAGGUUGGCCAGGUACGGUCAAGCACAACUGAAAGUCUCAAAGCUGAGACAGGACUGGAUUCAAGGCCAGCCAGGGUUAUGCCCGAAGACCUUAUUAAAGCAGAGUAAAGGCAGGUGGUGGCGGUGCACGCUCACAGCACGUGGGAGGCAGAAGCAGGUGGAUACAUGUGAGCUCAAGGCCAGCCUCAUCUACAGCCAGGGCUACACAGAGAAACCCUGUCUCAAAAACCAAAAAAACAUAAACGAAGGGAUGAGGCGGAGGUAGAACACUCUCUGCCUUAGGUGAAGAGAGCAUAGCUUUUCUUCCUAAAACAGUGGUUUAGAGAUGUGCGCACUGAGCACCAGGAGAGGGGAGGGAGGGGGCCGGGGAAGAGAAAGGACAAGGGGCUGUAGUCCUUCAUUUUCUUUUAGAAUAAAAGCUUUGGUGAGAGAUUCUGUUGAAGGAAGCCUUCUGGCUGGAGGGCCUCAGGGACAUAUCACACCACUACUAGUAAACCUGGGCAAGGCCCAGCACCAGCCUACCCCAGCUGCAGCCCCUCUUCACCAUGCAUGGUGGCUUGGUCAGGCCAGAAUCGCUUGCAGGACCAUGUUCCCUGCAGUGAUGUCCGUCUGCACGGAAGACAAUCCAGUGUUUCCCCUGUUCAAGACAGGACACAAAGUGUGUAAAGAGCUCUCUGCAGGGCCUUGGCAACCAGGACGGUCCCUCUCUGUGCCCCAUUGUUGAGCCCCUCUACCAGGGGUCAUAUGGAUGCAAGUAGGAAUGAUCUCAAAAUGACAGUGUGGGGGUGGGAAGAUGGCUCAGUGAGUUAAGGCACCUGCUGCAAAUCCUGACCCGAUCUCCAUCUCUGGGACCCACGUGGUAGGAAAGAGCUAGUUCCUCUAAGUGUCUUCUCCUUAUCAAACUUGGGGUCACAGUCUAUCCUAUAAGAAAUCAAGUUGGACACAUGUGUGCCGGGACAGGCAUAUGGCUUACUCCCUAAUAAAACGUAAUUUAAAAUUG